GCUGCCAUGUAUCUCAAACUGCCACUGAUUCCAUAAGGUUGCAGGAGGACGAGAGAUGGGAAAUUGCCAGGCGGCGGAGGCCGCGACGGUGGUCAUCCACCACCCCGGAGGCAAAGUGGAGAGGGCGUACUGGUCGCUCAGCGCCAGUCAGGUCAUGGCCGCCAACCCCGGCCACUACGUCGCCGUGAUCGUAGACGGUUACCCCUCCCGGCUUCCUCCUCCGGCGCUUCAAUCGUCCACCUCCUCCUUCCGUGCUUAUCGUAGCUGCAGCGGCAGUAGCAGCGCCGGCGGAGCGGCGCCCGUGAAGCACCUCAAGCUGCUCCGACCCGACGACGCCCUCCACAUCGGCCACGUCUAUCGGCUCAUCAGCUUCGAAGAGGUAGUGAGAGAGUUUGCGUGGAAGAGGCACGUUAAGCUGAGCCGUCUGCUCGUCAAAGAGGAGGACAAAACCAGGAGGCCCCGAAGAGGACAUAGCCGCCGCGGCAGAGGGGGCGCCACCACCAUCGCCGGAGCCCGGAGACGUCAGUCACGUAACGAUGGUGGAAGUGGAGCGGCCGAGCCAGACACAUCUCCGGCGACGGAACAGAAAGAGGAGGAGGAGGAGGAGGAGGAGGCAAUGGAUGCGGAGCUGGAGGAGGUGGUGCGGGGGAUGAUGACCAUGGGGAAUUCAACAAGGUCAAGGGCCAGCUUCGGUGGCGUUGGUGGUGGUGGCGGUGGUGGAGCACCAGCGCGGCAUGGGCAGUGGAGGCCAGCGUUGCAGAGCAUCGCAGAGGUCGGGAGUUGA